AAAAAAGUUGGAUGUAUAUUGAUAGAUGUGAAAAUUUUAAUAAGAAUAGUAAACAUUACGAAAUAUAAUGAUAUAUUCCCACUCUUUCCGUUGCAAAAUCGAAACAUUACUGUCAAGACAUUAAAAACAAUAUUUCAAAGGAAUUCAUCAAAAGAAAAUUUUCUGAAAUUCAUCAUCAAAAAAUGUAAUUCUAUUGUAACAGAAACUUCACUCGUUCCUUCGAAAAAAAAAGAAUUACCUCAACCCACGACUUCUAUUUCAAGCUAUGUUUUUUUACAUUUCGUGUUGAAUCACUCAUUUUAAUCAUUGUUAUCUCGUGAAAAAGUCUCUACGAUGAGCACGUACAAGUUGCCAGCAUCGUAAGAAACUCUACUAAAUUCCUUUAUUCAGAUCGGUUAAAAAAAGAAUCUCUAUGUCCAUCUUAAAUAAUUCUAAAUAAAUUGUUCCAUGCAUCGAUCAACAAAAUAUUCGCGUGUCUGAUUACUGAGGUGAUCUUUGAUCGAUAAUUUUUAUCGGGAUAAAAGUGACCGGUGAGACUGUCCCAUUGAAAAGGAGAAGAAAUCUAUCGUAAGAAAAGUAUGCAGCUACUUUCCAGCUUCAUGGCGAGGCACCUGAAGCGAGGAGCAUCCUUGAAAAAAGGAAAACGAGAUAUCAUUGGAGGAAGCUCAAUAAGUAAUUGUUCGAUAGGGGGUCUAUCCAAAGCCAUUAACAAUACUGCUGGAUACGGUGUUGCACCUGGGGGUGCCAAUAUGACCCCCGAAGAUACUGCUCCCGAUGAAGAGUUUGCUUUAGCUAUUACUCAAAAAACUCAGAGGGAUGCAGAAGCCAUUCGUGGCGCGUUAUAUCUUGGAAUGGCUCUUAUUAUUGCAUGGAUAAUAGGUGCUGUAGGUUUAUCACUAGCAUGGUUAGUGCUGGUGUUAGCAUUAGCAGCGACAAUAAUUAAAGCAAGGAUAUCCCGUCUUCUUGAGUCAACUGUUCAACGUGAAUUAGCUAGACUACGUCGAAGAAGAGCUUUGUAUAAAGAUGAAACUGCUGAAUGGCUAAGUUUACUACUUAAUAGAUGGUGGAGAUUUAGUGCUGCCAGUAUAUUUUCUUUAGCAAAAGAAAGACUGGAACCUGUUCUAAAUGAAGCCAAACCGGGAAUACUUGGGCCACUAGAAUUGAGAGAACUCACGCUUGGAGAACAAACCCCUUAUAUCACACGAGUAAGAACUGUAGAUUAUGCAAAUGACGAUGAUAUUGAUAGCCAAACAGAUCAAAUGAAAUUAUCAAUCGAAGCUGACAUACAACUUGAUUGCGAACAAUUUCGUAUGCUCAUCACAACAAGAUUAUUUGGUAAAGGGGUUGGCAUGGACGUUGAUCUGGCCGUGGAAAAACUGUCUCUCUCGGGUACCAUUCUCGCCACUCUGACCCUUAAUUCCAAUGCACCGUUUCCUCACGCAACCUCUUUAAGCGUGAGCUUCUUAGAGAAACCAGACGUUUUUAGCGUGAGAAUCUUGAAAACGGUACAAAUGAGAAUGCCUUUAAUUAAGACCUGGAUUCAUGCGGUGGUCACGGAUGCUCUGGCUAGUUGGAUCGUUGAUCCGGGUCAUUUAGAAAUGAAUCUGAGAGCUCACGAACGGCCUGGACCUAAAUUUGAUUCACUAAAUAAUUCCAUACCACAAGGAGUGCUUACCGUUGUUCUAUCUCAAAAUGGAUGUUCAGUCUCCAUCGGAGAUGAAAUGAGAUGGCUUGUAGUAACAUUGGGAGAUCAAAGACGGGUUACAGCUACUUUAAAUUCCACGUGGAACGAGGACGUAUCUUUUUUAGUAGGAGCCUUAGAUAACGAAAAAAUCUCUAUCAAAUUAAAAGCAAAACGACUCGUUAGUACCAUCACGUUAGCUCAGUUUGAACUUGCGCUUGGGGUUUAUAAUUGGGAUAAUUCGCAAGUAAUUGAAACAGUAUUGCAACAAAAGAAACCGUCCCGGAAUAGUGCUAAUAUCCCAAAUAUCAACGCUCGAUUAGAAUACACUGCACUACCAAAACUGGAUCCAGACUUACCACAACCAGAAUUAACGGAAGAUAAUUCGCAUUUAUCAGUGUCGCGAAAGUAUUCCAAUCGAGCUCAAAAAUCAGGAGUACUUGUAGUUUAUAUUCAUUCGGCGGAAAAUUUAAACAGCGACAGUUCCCAAUGCAAUCCUUAUUGUAUACUAUUCAACAAUCGCAAAAAGGUGAAGACGACUCAUUACAUUCAAGGUACUACAUCACCAUGUUGGGAAUCAAGAGCACAAUUCCUUGUUCAAGAUUAUACUCAAGUAUCUUUAAGUUUUGUUGUAUACUCGUGGAAUAUAUCGAAAUCGGCUGAUAGUGACAUGUUAGGAUUAGCUAUAUUAUCUUUAUCUCAAGAAAAUACAUGGAUAAUUAGAAAAGAAUUGGUUCUAAAUGGUUCAAAUGUUACAUCGACAAUGAUAGUUUCUGUAUUGUUCUAUCCUGUUAAAAGUGUACAGCAAGUGAUCACAAGUCGAAGAAGUAGUUUAACAUUCCCAAUAUCAGAUGAUGAACCAAAAUCUAAAAGAAACAGUUUACCAUGGAUGCAACAGGCAAAAUUAUUAUUAACUCACAAGGAUAUGGAUCCCACUUCAUCAGACGUAUCCAGUUUACUUUCCACUGGAAGUGGAUUAAUGGAAGUGACAUUAAUACGCGCAAAAGAUCUUGUUGCAAAAGAUUUAAAUGGUUUCAGCGAUCCUUUCUGUGAACUAAAACUAAAUAAUGAAACUAAAUACAAAAGCAGUAUAAAGAAAAAAACAUUAAAUCCUUGCUGGGAUGAAAGUUCUAUUAUGGGUUUGCCCAGAAAUGGCGAAACAUUGGAUAUUGUAUUAUGGGAUCAUGAUACUUUUGGUAUGAAGGAUUAUCUUGGAAAAGUAUCAUUGACUCUCGAUGAUAUUAGAAAAUUAUCAAAUAAUGAUCAGUCCCAUUGGUUCACGUUAAGAGGAACUAAAACGGGAUCUGUAGAAUUAAAAAUUAAAGUUUUAUCCGAAGAAUGUGAGAUUCAAAGCACUUAUGCAGCCAGCAAUAUUAGCGAAAGUUCGAUUCAAUUAAAUAUCGAAAAUUCGGAGACAGUGUCAAAUAUUAUAAGAAGACCUUCGAUGGAAAAGUCAAAAUUGAGAUUACAUUUAGAUGUCGUACCACCGCCACCACCCCCGCGUACAGUCACUUUAUUAAAACCAAAUUCUAGUCAAUCUGACAAAACUAGUAUUGGAAGUAAAGAUUCCAAUGAAAUGAAUGGAACCCAAAAUUCCUGGAUACCUAGAGUUAUUACAGAAUCUGUAACAGAUGUAAUUGAUGAAACUGAUACAACAAAAUUAAGAGAACGGCGAUCUUCUCAUAACAGUUUGACUCCAAGUCCGGAACAAAGUUUUGGCAAAAAAUUGCCACAAUAUAAUAGUUUUCGUGUUAUGAAACAAAAGGUAAAAAGGGGAUUAAAACUACGUAGAUUUCGUUCAGAAGUAAAUAUAGAAGAGAAGAAUGAAUCAAAAGGCAUAACAUUAAGCUUGGAACCUAGAGGAGGAGGAGAAGCUGAUGCUACAGAACUUCUACAAGGAUCUGGUUUAGCCCAUGCCGUAUCACAACCUGAUAUGCUUGGCAGAAUAAGACAACCUAGUCCACGCUUAAAAUUGAGACCAAAUGAAUUAAAAGUUGUCAAUGGUUCUAAGGAAAAGUAUUCGGGUAUAGAAGGUAAAGUCUUACAAGCACAAGGUCUUCAUGUCGCACAUAUUGCUCAACUAUAUUGUAGAAUUAAGCUACAAAUAUGUACCAGUCCAGAUAAAAUUACAUCUUCGACAAAUAAUGGUAAAACAUUAGCAAAAUCUCGGCUUUUACCUGCAAUGCCUAAUCCACAAUUUAGUAUAGAUUUUCACAUAGAAGGUGAUAAUGUUCCCAGACAGUCUUUAUUAAUAUUUGAAAUCAGAAGUGCUAGUAAAGAAUUAUUAGCUAGCCGACGCAUCACUCUACAUGAAUUAUUAGGUGUCUCUGCAGCAACUGAUGAAAUUCAUACAUGGUUGGCAUUAAAUAAUGGAGCAUCGUUGGAAGUACAAAUUGCUCAUGGAAGAGAAAUGAAGAAUAAAUCCACAAAAAAACUUUUUCGAUCUUGGUCAGUACAUCGGAUAGGAAAAAUUUGAAAUACUUUAAAAUUGUGUAUUUUUAAUCAAUCUUAAAUAUAUUUCUUAAAA